CAUAGAUCGCUGCUAUAAUACAUAGCAGUAAAGGCAGACUCUUCGCACAAGCGGCUGUAGCCUGCCUAGCAUUUGAUUCAGAACCUUUUUUGUCUUUUUUUUCACGCUGCAACGACCAGACUCCGAUGUGUUCCGUUAUCAACGACCAGAAGCUGUCAUUUCCGCACCUGCCACGGUAGGGAUCGGUGGAUAGCAAAAGAACGAGAAGAGAGGCAAGGGCAUUGGAAGCGGGGAAACGAGAGCUAGCGAACGAGAGAGACGAGCGAGAUCCAGAGACUACCAGCGAUAGAUAUAUAAAGCUUUCAAGUAAUUAGAUUCGAUGGACGAAAUGCUGCUGCUAACACGACUCGUGCUGGUAGGCUUCGUCUGCUUGUCCUUCGUGUCCUCUGGGUUGGCUUGUGGACCAGGCAGAGGCUACGGAAGGAGAAGACACCCGAAGAAACUGACACCUUUAGCUUACAAGCAGUUCAUUCCCAACGUUGCCGAGAAGACCCUUGGGGCCAGUGGCAGAUAUGAAGGCAAGAUCACUAGGAACUCUGAGAGAUUUAAGGAACUGACUCCUAAUUACAAUCCUGACAUUAUCUUUAAGGAUGAAGAAAACACUGGCGCUGACAGGCUUAUGACACAGAGAUGUAAGGACAAGCUGAAUUCAUUGGCAAUUUCUGUCAUGAACCAGUGGCAAGGAGUUAAACUGCGGGUGACAGAAGGCUGGGACGAGGAUGGACACCAUUUCGAAGAGUCUUUACACUACGAGGGAAGGGCCGUGGACAUCACUACCUCUGACAGAGACAAAAGCAAAUAUGGCACGCUGUCCAGGCUUGCGGUGGAGGCUGGAUUCGAUUGGGUCUAUUAUGAGUCUAAAGCUCAUAUUCAUUGUUCAGUCAAAGCAGAAAACUCGGUUGCUGCUAAAUCUGGAGGCUGCUUCCCAGGCUCGGCUUCAGUUGCGCUGAAAGAUGGACGUAGGAAACUGGUGAAAGAUCUUAGAGUUGGCGACAAGGUGCUGGCCGCGGAUAGUGAAGGAAAGCUCACUUAUAGUGACUUCGUUAUGUUCGUGGACCAAGACGUAGGAACACGAAGAGAGUAUUAUGUCAUUGAGACGAAAGAUCCGCUCAAGAAGAUCACCCUCACCGCUGCGCAUCUUCUUUUUGUUGAGAACAACGCAACGGAUAACUUCGACACCAUGACCGCAAUAUUUGCCAGCAACGUCAAACCUGGACAGAAUGUAUUCGUAGUUGAUGGUAUACACAACCAACUGACGCCCGUCACAGUGGAAAGGAUUUAUAUGGAAGAACAGUACGGCUCAUUUGCUCCAAUCACCGCUCAAGGAACCAUUGUGGUUGAUCAGAUACUGGCAUCCUGCUACGCGGUAAUAGAAGACCACAAGUUGGCGCACUGGGCCUUCGCACCUGUCAGGCUAAGCUACGGACUGACGUCAUUAUUAUUUCCGCAAGCCUAUUCAAUGUCGAACAGCACCUUUCAGGAAAACGGUGUCCAUUGGUACUCCAAGAUUUUAUAUCAAAUAGGAACAUGGGUUCUGGACAACCACACUCUUCAUCCACUGGGGAUGUCAAUAAACUCAAGUUGAAACGUCUAACAGCAAAUGCGAAAUAAGACUAAUGUAGGAUAAUAAAUGAAAGUAGAGAUACAGAGACAGAGGCCCCGGAGGAGAUGGGAUAUUUAUUUCAUUGACAUUUACAUGUGUCCUUUUCAAAGAAUAAAUGGACCUGCAAGAGCCUUAAAACUUUUCUUUGAAUAAUUUAUUCUCAUGUGAACUCUCGCUGGUACCACGCGAAUGGAUUCUAAUACUGUGUGACCAGUCAAUUGUGCAGAAUCUAUUUUUGUAUUAUAUCACAAGUAAACCGCAAAGAAAAAAAGAGAAAUGUAAAAAGAGAAAACCUCUUGACAGUUUGUAAUGUUCUGUGCAUAUGUGCAUCUGACUGUUAUAUUUUGGGGGAUAAACAUACUUCUUGGGGGUCCAUAAAUUAUAUUUUUAUACACAGAAUUGUAAAUUAGAUUUUGACAGAUCGUUACUUACUGAAUCACAUUUCGUUAUUUGAAAUAGUGUAAGAUACGAGAAUAUAUUUUAAUUUAAAUAGUUGCAAAAAGUCUUGGAAAUCUUGUAUUGUUUUGUGUUUGUUAAGAUUUUUAUUCUUUUGUGAACUGUUUGGUUAUGGCUAAGUUGUUGAAGCGGGGAAGAUUUCAUAUUCUGCCUCGUGUCCACACUACUUCGUGUUUCUUUUUUUUCCCGCUUUUGUUUUCUAUUUUAUUUGAAAAAAUUAAAUGCACAUUCUGACAGUUUCGUAAUAUGAUAUAGUAGUACAGAACAAGAUGUUUCUUUAAUAAAUUAAUAAGUAACUGCUGUAAAUUUACUAAAAUGUAUUUUUUUCAUAUUUUGUAAUAGGAAAAUAGUUUUAUAGAAAUAAAAUGCGGCAGAUGCACAGUUUGGAUAGUAGCUAUAUGAUACAUAAGGUAACCGUACCAGUUAACUUUCAUAACAGGGCGAUAUGUCAUAAAGAAAUGUUUAGAGUUUAUUAUUUAUAUGUUUACUACGAAAUGAGAUAAAGAAAAUAUUCAAACUUU